GAUGACGCUGCGGCAAGGUCACGUGAUCACCGCAUUCCAUAGGUUGCCAAGCUGGUACCCGAACCUGAGGUUCCGCCUAAGCACGUAGGCUCGGACAACCGUUUGAUCCCGAUCCCAAGCCCCAAUAAAGAAAACAAAAACAGUAAAAUAUUAAUAAUAACCACACAAAAAAAAAAGAAAAAAAUGAAGAGCCUUGCAGUGCUCUGUAGUAACUAGUUGCAGAGUGAGUGAUUGCGUCUUCUCUGAGAAGCCAGCACCCAAAAAAUAUUCAGAGAAAAAGAAAAGCUUUGAGAGAGCUCAGAUUGUAGUAGAAUACAAUACAAGAUUCAAUAAUUGCCUUCUUCUCCAAGCCAAAGCCAAAGCCAAAGCCAUCAUUUUUGCUAUUUGGAUGCUGAACCUCAGACUGGUCAUCAUCACCACCAACUCCAUACUUUUCCCAUUAAAGCUUUCACGCUAUUUCCCACGAGAAAUCUGUAGCUUCCUCUCACGAAAAAGUGUUUUCUCCAACCUCUUCUUCCCUAAAAUCUCAACCUUUCUCUCUGCUAUAAAACCCACAACACAAAGCCCUCUUCUUUCACUCAACCCAGUUGACUUGACCUCUAAUGGCGGACAGUCAGAGGGUUAAGAGCUUUGUGUGCAUUGCGUUGUUCUCUAUCUGUUUGCUUCAGUGUAAUCCCAUCGCCUUCGCCAUUCUGGACCCGGUUGAUUUCUUGGCUCUGCAAUCCAUUCGCAAAUCUCUCGAUGACAUGCCUGGCUCCAACUACUUCGCUUCCUGGGACUUCACUUCCGACCCUUGCAACUUCGCCGGCGUGUACUGCGAUUCCGAUAAGGUGAUAGCUCUCAACCUCGGCGACCCCAGAGCCGGAGCUCCGGGACUAACGGGUCGGAUCGACCCUGCCGUUGGCAAGCUCUCUGCACUCGCCGAGCUCUCGGUGGUUCCGGGUCGGAUCUUCGGCGCUCUGCCGCAAUCCAUUUCGCAGUUGAAGAGCCUCCGGUUCCUCGCCGUCAGUCGCAACUUCAUCUCCGGUCAGAUUCCUGCGAGUCUCGGUCAGCUACGCAACCUGAGAACACUCGACCUCAGCUACAACCUGUUCGCCGGAGCAAUUCCUACAGCUGUCGGAACCUUACCAGAGCUCUCCAACGUCAUUCUCUGCCACAACCGCCUCUCCGGUUCGGUCCCUCCGUUUGCCUCCCAAACCUUAACCCGGCUCGACUUGAAGCACAACGACCUCUCCGGUUCGCUCGCUCCCAACUCCCUCCCUCCUUCUCUCCAAUACCUGUCUCUCUCCUGGAACCGGCUAACCGGUCCGGUCGACGGCCUCCUGAACCGGCUAGGCCAGCUCAACUACCUCGACCUCAGUAUGAACCAGUUUACGGGUACGAUUCCGGGUCGGGUCUUCACUUACCCAAUCACCAAUCUCCAGCUGCAGAGAAACAUGUUUUCGGGUCGGGUCCAACCGGAUGGUCAGGUUUCAAUAUCGACCAUUGAUCUCAGCUACAAUCGGUUAUCGGGUGAAAUCUCACCGUUGUUCUCGACCGUACAGAGUCUGUACCUGAAUAAUAACCGGUUCACGGGUCAGGUUCCGGGUAGUUUCGUGGAUCGGUUACUGUCUGCGAAUAUACAGAUACUGUAUCUGCAGCACAAUUUUCUUACUGGGAUUCAGAUUAAUCCGACGGCUGAGAUUCCAGUGAGCAGCUCGCUGUGUCUGCAGUAUAAUUGCAUGGUCCCGCCCCUACAGACGCCGUGCCCAUUGAAGGCUGGAAAGCAGAAGACUAGGCCGACUGCGCAGUGCAACGAGUGGAGGGGGUAAAGUGGGAAAUUCGGAUGGGCGUUAAUAUUUUUGUUCUUAUUAAAAUUUAAUAUAUUCUAUAUUUUGUGGGCGGGCGGUGGGUUCCUUUAGAUUCAUUUAUUUAUUUUUGGGGAAAAUAGUAGAAAAUGAUGAAUAAGAAUUAAAAGAAGAUUUGUGGAUACUCAGAAAUUAAUAGUGUAACUAUGUAGGCGAAAUUAAUGCUCUACUCUAUUAUUAAAUAUGAAGAAUUUUU